CGCAGCCCCUCCCCGCCCGCAGCCCCGCCCGCCGCCAUCGCGCCCGCCCCGCCAGGCCCCGCCAUGGCGGCCGUGCGGGACGUGGAGAUCGACCCCGAGGGCACCUUCAAGUACAUCCUGGUGCGCCUGCAGCGCCCGGGCGGCGGCGAGCAGCGGGACAUCGUCCGCGGCACCGGGGCGGCCGAGUUCCACAAUCAUAUAUUUGAAAAAGUGAAUCCUGAGAUGGAAAAGCUGGGAUACGAGUGCAAGUGCCUUGGAGGAGGGAAAAUUGAUCACAAUAGCAAAGACAAGAAAAUCAGGGUAUUUGGGCUCUCUACAGGCUAUGGAAAAGCAGAUCACUCAGUGACUGUGGAGAUACUGAAGAAAGUGUAUACAGACUAUGAAAUUACAUGGUCAGAUGACAAGAAAUAAACUGUGAACACAAUCAGCAGUUCAAAACUCCUAACUGUGAGCUGUACUUUGAUUACAAAUAAAAGUUAAAUGUGUCUACGUAUGUAGGCAUAAAUCUGGAGUAACUGGACUCUGCAGUAAUUUAUAAUACUGUCAUUAAUCCCCAGAGAUACCUCAUUUUUCAUUCCUUUGUGCAGAAUAUGCAGUUCUAAGCCCUUUCCUCUCCUUUUGAUGUGCUGUCUAAUUAAACACUUCCACAUUAUCUGA